AUGCUGAAAUCACAAUCAACAUCAAUAACAAAUCCAAAAGCAGAUGGUGAACUUUGUCGAAAUGCUUGUGGUUUUUAUGGAAAUCAAAUAUGGGAUGGAUUUUGUAGUAAAUGUUAUCGUGAAGUAUAUCAACAAGCAAAAGAAAUUCAAGAAGGAUAUGAUGGAAAACUAAGUAAUUCAACUUCAGAUGGUACACCAUCACCCUCUGUUCCAUCUUCUCCAUCAUUUUCAAAUUUUCAAGAAAAACGUCGUUCUAAUAUGAAUAUGCGUAAUCCUAUUCGACAAAUGGUCAAUCGGGCUGGUAGCCUUCGAUCAACAAAUAAUUCAGUAAUGUCAUCAUUAAGUCAUGAAGAACAUGCUUUAGAACAUGAAGCUGCAAGCAAACAUUUAGAAAUAAUGACAACAGAUGAUGCACGUCUUGAUAUUAAAUCUCAAGUAAAAACUUUUGCAAAUAAUUUUCAUAAAAAAUGUGCAAAUAAAAAUAUUCAACUUGAUACACUUAUACAAGAUUAUGGAUCAUUUAGAGAAACAUUAAAAAA